AUGUCGAUAAUAUUUCUUGAUACUGCUAUUAUUCUGCUUGUUGUGUCUUUGGUCACAGCUAGUGUACCAGAUACACAUAUAACAGUGUCGGGUAUUUCUUCAGGUGGUGCAAUGGCUACCCAAUUGCACAUUGGAUUCUCAAAAGAUAUCAGCGGGUGUGGAAUUUUGGCUGGUCCUCCCUUUUAUUGUGGCGGCAGUGGAAUGACAACAGCUCUGUGCAUGACUGGUCCAGCCUUAUUGAUUUCUGUUACAGUUCUAGAACAGAAGAUAAAAUACUACAGAUUACUUGACAAAAUUGAUGAUCCUGUGAAUCUCAAAGGUGAUCCUGUGUACGUUUUUUCUGGUAUAUAUGAUAAAGUAGCAUACCCUGGUGUUGUCAAGCUAAACGAACAGCUCUAUUCACGACUGGGAGCAACGGUUAAAACAAAUUUUAAUAUGCCUGCUCAUCAUGGUUUUCCAACGGAAAAUUUCGGCGCCGCAUGUAGUACAUUGAACAUGGCAAAUUAUAUCAACAAUUGUAACUUUAACUUAGCCUAUGACAUGUUAAAUCAUCUCUCUGGAGGCAACCUUACCAAACCAGUGAAUUCGAAAACUCCACUGAAAACAUUAUUCAAAAUGUUCAUGAUAAAAAUAUGGAUGUUUCUAUUAAUUCCAUUAAUCUCAGUUGAUGGGCGAGCUCUUCGAAAACAACGACAGACAAUGACAAAUACAUUAGGACAAGACACCAAUAACUUUUUUUCCAAUGGGUACAAUGUCAUACGUGACAGUGUGGUUCCAGUAAUCAGUUCUAAUGUGAAUCAAUUUUCUCAAAAUUGGGAUCGAUAUAAAGAAAAUUUCGGUCAAGGUAUAAAUCAGAUUAGUCAAAAUUGGGAUCGAUACAAACAAAAUUUCAAUCAAGGACUUAAUCAAAUAACACAAGGCUGGAAUCAAUUCACACAGAAUUUCAUCCCACAGUAUCCUUAUCGUAAUAAUAACUAUGCAUAUAAUCGUGAUCGAUAUGGUUAUAAUAAUCAACAAUAUCCUUAUUCAAUGAACUAUAACUAUAAUUUUCCUUCAAAUAUGUACCAAAAUAAUCUGGGAAGAAAUGAAAAUCCAUAUGCAGCAAAUAAUUAUGCUAAUUCUAUUGGAUCACCAAGAGAAAAUGUUCCAUAUUAUUCGAGUAACUCAGGUCGACAAUGGUAUCAAAACUUAAAUGGACAACAACGUUUUAAUGGACCAAUAGCAUCUAACGCAAUGGUAUACACUGAUCAACGAACAGGUUUUCGACGCAGAUAG